AUGGUGACUAAAUCAUGGUUCCGAAAUUUAUGGACAACUUCCAAGAAAUCCGACUGCCAAGUGCACAAAUCACAGAUUGCGGUUUUGGCGUUCGAAGCUGCUAGCCUGAUUACCAAACUCCUCCACCUAUGGCAAUCUCUCACCGACAAGCAGGUCGCGAGGUUAAGAGACGAAAUAGCAAAUUCGGCAGGCAUCAAAAAGCUCGUCUCGGAAAACGACGACUACAUCGGCAGGUUGAUAUGCACGGAGAUGAUGGAUAACUUAUCCCACGUGGCACGUGCCGUCGCGAGGCUAUCGAAAAAGUGCAACGACCCUCUCUUGAGGAGCUUCGAGCAAGCCUAUAGCGAUCUGAUAAAAAACGGCGCGGACACGUACAGGUGGCAGUUCUCGUGGAAGAAAAUGGAGUGUAAAAUCAAGAAAAUGGAGCGUUUUGUCGCCGCAAACACGAGUUUGUAUCAAGAGAUGGAAACGCUCGCGGAUCUCGAGCAGACGUUGAGGAGAAUGAAAGGCGGUGAUAAUGCGGCGGAGAGCAUCACGUUGGUCGAGUACGAGAAGAAGGUGGCGUGGAAAAAGCACGAGGUGAAGCAACUGAAGGAGAAUUCCCUGUGGAGCCAAACGUAUGAUUACACGAUCCUUCUUCUUGCUAGAACGGUAUUUACCGUGUACGGAAGGAUCGGGCACGUGUUUGGAAUCAAUCAAGUGGCCGACUCGGGAGUUAGAGAAUUUAAUAAUAAUAAGGUGAUGAGUAUCUUCAACAGCCGACGUGGCCACUCGACCGUCUUCAUGCAGUCAUCUGUCUACCCAUCCGAAAAUUACUUCCCCCGGCCCAGAUUCCCACCGGGCAAAGAUAUCUCACGCUCCGGACCGCUCGUAAGAACAAACGAUGCAGCACAAUUCAACUCAGGCCCGAUCCUGAGAAACCACGAUGGUCCUAUCGAUUUCCGCUCGGGUCAACUACAUCGAUCGGCCGGACCGAGCAAAACCAUCUCUAGCCUGUGGCCAUUUCGUGAAAAAUCGAGAGUCCCUCAGCAAAAGGCCGAUCCUCUAACUAUGGGGAGCCCUAUCCCUAGCCAGAUGCACGAUAAUCAUUCACGAGUAGUGUGGGUCUCGAAGAGAAACAACCCUUCACCUCCCGACACACUCGGUGCAGCUGCCCUGGCUCUGCACUACGCGAACGUCGUAAUAUUCAUUGAGAAGCUGGCGGCAACUCCUCACCUGAUCGGAAAUGAUGCCCGGGACGAGCUGUACAGCAUGUUGCCGGCCAGCAUAAGGUCUUCUCUCAGGGCAAAGCUGAAGCCGCACGCACGGAGCCUUGGACCUUCGGCCUACGACACGGGGCUUGCAGGGGAAUGGAGUGAGGCGAUCGGGAGGACGCUGGAGUGGCUAGCUCCGCUGGCGCACAACAUGAUGAGGUGGCAGUCGGAGAGGAGUUUCGAGCACCAGGGCGGGAGGACGAACGUGCUGCUCGUGCAAACGCUGUAUUUUGCGAGCCAGGAAAAGACGGAGGCGGCCAUAACGGAGCUUCUCGUGGGGUUGAAUUACAUCUGGAGGUUCGGGAGGGAGAUCAAUGCGGGGGCUGCUACUGCUCCAACUUUUGAUGACUAUGUGAGUUGA